AUGACAUCAAAAAUCUUAAUUUUGAUCGUAAUUGCCGUGGCUGCCAAAGAGUAGCUUAAACUCUAGCCAUGUGAUUCAAAAGUUAGUACACUCAAAGUAUUUCCAUCCACAGGUGAAACUUUAGAGUGGGAUUUGAAAGAUACUUUCUUUGAAGGUGCCUAUUUGUCAUACAGUUUGAGUCCUGCUUAGACAUUGUUUCAAAUUCAGAAACCUUUUGCUUAAUUGAGUAGUCCAAAGCCUCAUUUUGAAUCAAUCAAUAGAGUGACAGCCUCUCGUGCUUUGACAGAAAAAGGAUAGAGAGUAUGGAUGAAUCACUUUGUUUUUAUUGAGGUAGAAUUGGAUUCAAUAGAUUUAUUCUAUGCAGAAGGUGCUCAAGGUGAUAAUGCUACUCCUCCUUAAUUCAAUAAGAAAAUAAGUAUUACAACAGGAAGUUCAUAUCUUUCAUGUCUUGGAGUAGACUAUUUGAAUAAAGAUCAAUUCAUAUUGGAUUGUGUUGAUAGUCAAAAAUUACCAUUCACUAAUAAAUUUUUUAUAGUUGACAAGAAUGGAAAUUCAAGAAUCCAUUAGAAUGGAAAUUACAAUAAUUAUAAAGUGAAUACUAAAAGAAUUUCAUAAACAGUUGUGUUUACGAAUAAAUUAGGACAUGAACAUACAUUCCUCUUUAGAUCAACACCUGCAUAUGCAACUUAAACAACAGGAUUAGAUUAAUCAUCUUUACUUGAAGUAUUCUAUAUAGAAAGUGAUGGAACACCAAGAUUAUAAAGUGUUUUGGAUGCACCAACUUUAGGAGUGAUAACAGAUGUAUAAAACCCAGAGAAGUUCAUCUUUUAAUUAAUUGAUUUCAAAGUAUUUCCAAAUGGAUUAAUAUACAUAUUGACAGCCAAAGAUGGAAUCUAUGUAUUAGAAUUCUAAGGUAAUGGUGAAUUCAGUUUCAUUGAAAGAAUUGUUACUUCUAAGGAUUAAGCUUAUGAAUUCGAUGUAGAUUAUUUAUUGUAAGAUGAUGGAACAGUUAAAGAAGUCAUUGCUAUCUUAUAUAAUGAUUACAUUCAAGUAGUUGAAGGUAAGGUUCCAAUUAAUAAUUAUAUUUUGGAAUUCACAGCCUCAUAUCCAGCAAGUCUAGUUAUUUCAUAAUAAUUUAUUAUCAUAUAAUAAAAGGGUGUAACAUAUUUAUUCAGUACUGAAUAUGAAGAUUUCAUUUAUAAAGAAGUCAUUGAAGGUGCUAAAGGAUAUAUCAUUAAUCCAUAUGAAACUGAAUUGAUUUCAAUCACUUAAGUAGAUUCAAGAAGAUAUUCACUUACUCAUGGUCUAUUAAGAUUCCCAAGUACAUAAAAUACAACUUAAACUUUAUAAUCAUUUACUUUAAUAGCCACAGAUACAUAUUCAUAAUAAUGCAAAGUUACAAUAAAUUAUAAAGUUUAUAAUGCUAGUGAUUAUUCAAUAUAACCAACAGAUGAAUUGUAAAUUCCAACUCUUCUCUAUGAUAUUCCAGAACCAUUCAAUAUUGAUCCACUUGCUUCUGGACCCAAUUUGAAUUAUCUUUAAUUAUUAUCAUAAAAAGAAAGUACAACAGUAAAUGCAAAAAUUACUUAAUUAUAAGAGAUGUUACUUGAAUCUAUCAGUUUACCAAAUCCAUCUUCAGUAAUAUAUUCUGAUGUGUUAAUAUUGGAUUCAUAAGAUGAAAGUUAUGCUCUCCUCUUAUAAACAUCAGAUAAGAGUAUUACAAUCUUUUAAUGUCAUAUCAGAGAGAAACUUAAAGCAAGAUCAGUUUGUUAACAAUAUUAGAAAUUCUAAUCAUCAACCUUAUUGAAUAUGAACAAUUUCAUAUGGUGGUAUUAGGGAUUCAAUAUUUAUCAUCUUGCAUUAGAUAAUGAUUAUUAAGCCACUAUUAGAGUUAGUGGUGUAAAUGGAACUAAUGUAGUUGAUACCAUUUAAUAUCCAGCUGAAACUCUUAAUAAAAUUACUAGUGUGACAGUUUUAAAAGAUAGAUUCUACUUUGUCUUAGGAAAUAAAAAAUAAAUUGAUAUAAGAUCUACUUAUAGUCCAUUUGAAUUAGAAUAUUCUUUAACUGAAGUCAUGCUUAGAUAUAGAGGAUUUACAGGUUCUUGGAAUCCAUAAAGAAUAUAUGGAAAUAGAGUUCAUAAUUCUUAUCUCAUGUUCAUUGCUAAUGAUGACAAUGUAAUUGUUGCUGAUUAUCAUGCAGAAUUCACUAUUAUUAAAGUAAUCACUCUUAGUAAAGGAUCAAUAGAUGUGGCAGUAGGAUUAGAAAGCUUUUUCAUUGUAUUAAAAUCAACAACUCAAAAUUUGAUUUAAGAAUAUGAUCUUUAAAACCUUAAUUCUAUCCAUCUUAUGAAAAAUGUUCCCUUAUAUUGGUACACACUUUAAACUCCACUUCAAGCUGAUUUCUGUUCUGAUACUGGUGUACUCUUUGUAAGAGCAUAUGAUAGCAAAACUGCUUAAACUGUUGUUUUAGUCUAUGGUCCAGGAAAAUUGUUAAGAGAUUCUUUACUAAAAGUCAUUCCUUUAGGUAGUAGAAUAGCUGAUGGUACAUCUAUUAUGAUGUCAACUGCUGGAUCAGAUUAAAUGGUAUUUUAUGUUAAUAGUGGUACCUUAUAAAAAGUAUAUUCCUAUUUCAAUUAUCCUGUUCUAACAAUUCAACCAAAUUAUGAUUCAUCAGCAUAUUUUUCUGUCUAUACUAUCAAAUUCCAAGUCACUAAUUACAAUGAUAUUACUCCCAUUACCUAUUAUUAAGUAAUCAAUCUAGUCAAUACUCAAAUCACUCUAAGAAUUGAAUAGAAUGUCCUCGACUAUAGACCUUUGAAUGCUUCAAAAUCUGAAUAAAAUAUUGAUUUAGUUGCUGAUUGGUUCGAUGGAUAAGCUGUUUCAUUGGAUAUUGAUUGCAAUCAAUGUGAUUCUUAUGUCAAACCAAUUUAAACUGUUUAAUAAAUGGAUUCAGGUAGCUUCAAUGGAUAUCAUAUAAUUGAUGCUGCUCCAUAUAAAGGAUCAAGAACUAUUUAUUUAGCCAAUUAAGAAACCCUUAGAGUCUUAAUUGCUGAUAGUGAAAACAAUGAAGAAACCAGUUAUUCUAUCUCACUUUCAACUACUCAAUCCUCAACAUGUGAUCAUAUUACUGCUACUGAAGAUGGAGUCUAUAUCUUUGCUACAUGUCAACUCAAUAACAAUAAAGUAUUCCAUGUUGCUAAAUGCUCAACCACAGGACUUCUUGAAUGUCAUCAAUUUGGAACCAUUUAAACAAUAGAUGCAUUAUUUACUGUAUCCUAACUUGCUGUAAGUGGUAAUUAUGUCUUUGUGUUGAAUGGUAAUCCUCAAAGACCUAGAAAUUAUGAAGGAUCACUUAAUGUCUAUAGAUGGACUGCAAGUGCACAAUAAGUUACAUUUGAUUUACAAAAAAUAUUUGAUAAAGCAUUCUUUGGAAACCAAUCCAGUUAUUUCAGUAGUUUCUAUCUUGCUAACUAUAAAUUUGGAGUUACUAAUUACCUCAAAGUUCUUUUAGUAGAUUCUAAAUAAAAUCUAUAUGCAAUUGAUGCCUCUUUAAGUACAUUUGGAGUCAUCACAUGGUAUACUACUUAUUCCUAAUUGAAUCUUUAUACAUUCAUCAAUUAAGGUCAAUUUGUUUCAUAAACAAGUUCAUAUUAUUAAGUAUUGGAAUUAGCAGCUCCUUAUUAUUAAUCAUCUGAUUAAACUAUCAGACUCAAAGUCCUCAUUACAACUGAUUCAUCAGCUCAUUAUGCAAUCUCAUUGACUUUUGAUGGUAAAUCUAUUUCAACUAGUAUUCCUUUAAGUUAUCAAAAUGUUAUCUAUCUUUUAAAUCAAUAUUCCACAUGGACUGCUUUGAAUAAAGCUUAAGUUGGUAAUGAUUAUGCUGUCAUUGCAUACACUGAUAAUAGUCAAUUAUUGUUAGCAUCCUAUUUAUUACCAAAAGAUCCAAUUUAAGGAGUGCCUUUGAUUAAAUUAGUUGGUGGAACUCAAUCCAAAUAUGGUUAUCCUUAAGUAUCAGAUUUCUUAGCCUAUAUCCCUAAGAAUAUUGGUUUUGUAAUUUUAUAUUAAUUAUAAUUUUUAGCCAAGACUCUAUGCUAAUAUUAUCAGAAAUGUUGAUAUCAAAGAGAACUUGUUAUAAACUUAUUAUUUGAAUCCAACUUAUCAACUUUAUGUCUAUAAUGUUGGUGGUGACUUAGCUGAAUAAUAUGUUUCACUUACCCUAAAUAAUGCUUUCACUUCAGAUACAGGUUAUGUAUUAUUAAGAUAAUUUAAAACUGAAUAACCAGAAGAAGACAAAUCAUUAUUGGAAACAGUAUAUGAUAUAUUUUGGUGAA